GCAACUAAAUUUCUAAUUUUACGGAACUGAGAAGAAUAGUAAAAGUAAAAUUGUACGGUUAAAAAGAAUAGUUGGCAUUAAAUGGAAAGGAAGGAGCUUGUGGCGUUUCGCCGCCUAAAAAACCGAUUUUUCCUACAAAAUUAAACUCUCAAUCACAAGCGAUAUUUUUUCAGAACCCAACAUUUUAGAUCUCAACACCCCAUGUCGAUAUUAUCAAGCAUGGACAUGCCUACCAUUGAUGUGGACCUUGGGCCUGAGAAGCUUGAAGAUGAGAAACAGGGAGGUCCCUUGUUGCAUUGUGAUCUUUGUGACACAGAAGUAGUUCACAAGUUGGCUCAAAUGUUCCUUCCAGGUCUAGCCAGUGCUUGUGUUGAUAACACAUCAGGAGAUCUCUUCAAGACUCCGGGUUCAGUGGCUGUUGAUUUGAGGAAGGAAAUGAUAGAGUAUGUUACCCAAAGAAGUGAAUCAUUUGUUGCUGAGUCUGUUAUCUUGGAAGGUAGUCCAGAUGGUGAAGUAUCGGACCAUCCUUUUGAUAUCAUUUCUAAUUUGGUUGAUGACUUUGUGAGUUCAAAGAGGAAUCUGUUUAGCCGAGUUUCAGGAUGGCUGCUGAGUGAAAAGAGGGAGGACAAAAUAGAUGAUUUUGUUCAAGAGAUGGAAAUGAAUGGGUUUUGGACACUUGACAGGAGAGAAAUAAUUGCAGAAACUUUGCUCAAGAAUGUUGACUUUGAAAACUCAUAUCAUUGCAACAUGAGUUUUAAUUCUGCGGAAGAACUUGCCAAUCAUGUUGAUAACUGCAACUUUAGAACUAUGAUCUGCGAAAAUGAGGGAUGCAAUUCCAGAUUUUGCGCAGCUCAUUUGAAGAAUCACGACUCAACUUGUGCUUUCAAGAUAAUUGCAUGUGAACAGAAGUGUUCUGAUAGCAUUAUGAGACGUGAGAUGGACAGGCAUUGUAUAACUGUUUGUCCAAUGAAGCUUGUAAAGUGUCCUUUUUAUGUUGUGGGUUGUAGGUCAGCUGUUGCACAAUGUAUGAUUGAAAAACAUUGUUUAGAUGACGUUAAUUCUCACUUGUGGCACUUGCUUAAAGGCAUCUACAAGAAAGCAUAUGGGGAUGAUCUUAAACGACGAGUGGAGCAAAUUGUACAGGCAUCAUCAAGCAGCCGUUUAGCAGAGGCUCGGGAUGUUAGAUCUUUAAACUUCAUUGUCAAGGAUAUUGAAGCUAAGCUAGGACCUUUCAAAGUGAGUGCUGUGGAGAAAAAUAAUGGAGAGACUGUUACCAAGAAUGGCCAAGGGGAAGGUGGUGAGACUGAUAUGAAUGGCAGAGAAAAGAGCAUGAAGGCUUCAGAUAUGGUCAAUUCACCAGAUAAAGCUGAAUUGAGUGGCAUGGUAAAUAUGAAUAAUGCAGAGAAUACUACCAAGAAUGAAGAUAGGGAAUCUGUUCCUCUUGAAAAUAAAGGCUUUGAAGAGAUUGCACAAACUUCAAAUAUGACAAAUUUAUCUGAUAAAACUGAAGUUGGCCUCCCAAAUGAUGAGAUCAAAGAUGAUGCAGCUAGUGAAUUAAAAAUCAAGGGCAACGAAGAGAGCACUCAAACACAGAAGGAAAAAUUAUCAAAUGAAGAAGUUAGUGCCACAGAUAAGGGCAACGAAGAGAGCACUCAAAUACACAAGGAAAAAUUAUCAAAUGAAAAAGUUAGUGCCACAAAUGAGGGUAGUGCAGAGAAUAGCAUCAAAAGCAACUAUAAUGAAGACAAUAAAUUUGAAGUUAAGGACAACGAACAAAGCAUACAGAAUUCAAAAAUGAAAACCGAGGGUGGUUCAGAGAAUAAUGUCAAGAACAAAGAUGUUGAAGAUGGUGACUUAAAAAAGAGCAUACAAACUUCAGACGUAUAAAAUUUAGGUUAAAUUACUCAUUUGGUUCCUAUAAUUCCAUGGUUCUUACCUUUUUAGUCCCUAUAUUUUGAAAGUGGUCUUUUUAGUUCCUAUAGUUUACAUUUUAAUUCUCUUUUAGUCUCUAUAAUUUUCAAAUUACAGGAACUAAAAGUAAACUAUAGGGAUUAAAAAGAUCACUUUCAAAACUACAUGGACUAAUAGAGAAUAAAAAUAUAAACUAUAGGGACUAAAAAGACCACAACUAUAGAGACUAAAAAAGUAAGAAUCAUGAAAUUAUAGGGACCAAAUGAGUAAUUUAAUUUAAAAUUUAUCAAAUAAAGCUGCAUGAUAAAGGGUAUAGUGUGGAUAGUAAUAUCACCUGAACAGGCAAAUAUAGUGAAGACUUUUAUUCGGACUUCAAAUAGUGGUCUUGUGCUGAAUCUCUCUUUACUUGCAGAAAAGGAUUUCAAUUUUGCUGUAACUGACAACGUGUGCUGAUUUUUCUUUUUGUUUAAGCUCUAAUAUCAUUCAUUGGUUGCUCUUAUA